AUGGUAAACUGGAAAUCCAACCCAGUGCCCGGGCUCGUGGCGACGCAGUCCAAGGUGUAUGGAGCAGCGUCGGAGGAGGCUUGGCUUGAGGGGGGGCGUGAGGAGGGGCGGGGGGAAGGGCAGGGGCGUCGGCGGAGGCCAGCGUCCAUCCGCCGGUCGCCUAUAAAAAACAGCCGGGCCCUUCCGAGGUGCUCAGUGCUGCCUCUCAGCUCGCCCCGAGAACACUCGCGCCCCGCAGCCUACUCCGCCUUCGAGAUGAUGAAGAUUCUGCUGGUGCUGGUGGCGGCGUUGGCGCUGGUGGCCGCGGCGCCGGCGGCUAGCCCGUACCCGAGUGUCCUGGCCCCGCUGGUGUACGGGGUCUCCCCGCCCGAAGCGUACGCCGCCGCUGCGUACGGGCCUUCCGUCGUCUACCGGCCCUCCGUUAUGGUUAUACCUUCAAUUACGGACGCCCCUACUACUAAGAAGGCAAAGAUGACAAAUACAACAUUCUCUUUAAUGAUUCUUUAACGCUAGGAUAAAUUUAAAAUAUUUUUAAUUUCUCUGUAAUACACAAUAAAGCCAUUAUACAAAAAUA